GCUUCGGGAGUAGAGUGGAUCACUACCAGCCGGGCUGGGCCUCUGAGACCUCAAGCGUGCUGGUGACGGCCGCAAGGACUCGACCAUAUAAACCGACCUUCAGCACGAUUACUAUCUUCUCGGAUAGACCUACCUGUCUCUUCCCACCUAGUAGGGAUGUCUGCGAUCGAGGAGAAAGUCGACGACUUGAAGAUCCAGUCGAUCGAGACUUCGGUGCUGAUAUAUGAAGGCGAACCCGAGGCACAGAUCCGUCGCCGCGUGCUACGAAAGCUGGAUGUACGCUUAUUGCCCGUCGCGACGGUGCUGUAUCUGUUGGCAUAUCUAGACCGCACAAAUGUUGGGAACGCGAAGAUAGCAGGAAUGACAACGGACCUAGGACUGACUGGAGUACAAUUCAACCUCAUCAGCGCAUUGUUCUAUAUUCCGUACUGCUCGCUCGAAGUGCCGGCCAAUAUGGGUCUGAAGUAUUUCAGACCCUCUCGAUGGAUUCCAUUCAUCAUGACUUGCUGGGGCAUCGUAGUAGUUUGCACGGCUUUCGUGAAGAACUUCACGGGUCUACUGGUCAUCCGAUUGUUCCUUGGUGCCGCAGAGAGUGGGCUUUGGCCGGGCCUAUCGUUUUGGUUGGCGCUUUGGUAUCCGCGAGAAGCGCAAGCGCAGCGUCUCGCUAUUUACGUUGCCGCGACUAAUCUUUCUGGGGCGUUUGGCGCACUUCUCGCGUAUGCGAUAGAGAAGAUGAAUGGUAUUGGAGGUCUGGCUGGAUGGUCGUGGAUUUUCCUUCUAGAAGGACUAGUAACCAUCAUAAUCGCGCUUAGCUCAGCACUUGUUAUGCAAGACUUCCCCGAGACAUCGACCUUCCUCGCUCCGGAAGAAAAGACGUGGCUGAUGGAUGCCCUAAAGAAAGAUACCGUGAGCUCGUCAAAGGAGCUAAAACAAAAGUUCUUGUGGCAAGCUCUCCGCGACCCUCAUGCGUACCUGUUCGCUGCGAUCAACUUCUUUAUCGUCGUACCGCUCGCGUCAUUUGCGGUUUUCCUACCGACGAUCAUCGUCGGCCUGGGCUACUCGUCCGUGCACGCUCAAUUGCUCUCAGUACCUCCCAAUAUAAUCGGCAGCCUACUCACUAUCGUUGCUGGUGUGGCCUCCGACAAGGCCGGGGCCCGUGGACCGUUCAUAUUCAUAUCCGCCCUUCUCUCUCUCACGGGCUACGCUAUUUUGUUUGCCACGGAUAUCCCCAUUGUGGGAUACAUUGGUACUCUCAUUGCUUCCUGCGGUCUCACCCCGUCCUCUCUAUGUACACUCGCUUGGACAGCGGGCAACGCAGGGGGAGACGUCAAGCGGGGUGUCAUGAUCGCUAUCAUGGGGACUUUGGGUAACUCUGGAGCCAUUGUCUCGUCAUUCAUCUAUCGGUCAGAAGAUAGCCCUAGGUACCAUCCGGGACACGCUACCAAUAUUGCGUGUACGUGCAUUACUGCGACCCUGAGCAUCAUAGGAAUGCUAGAGUAUGCUCGACUCAAUAAAAAGAAGCGACAGCGGUGCGAGAAGGAAGGCAUAGGCCUGGACAGAGCCGACGAGUUUAGUGAACUAGGAGAUGGCUCGCCGCUCUACAGGUAUACACUCUGACGCUUGCAGCGUGCUGCAUCGAGACUAGGUUCUUGCAAAUCGUUUCGGUGUGACAGCCUAUCAUUGACAGAUCAACCACAUAGUAUGGAGCAGUAGUCGUCCUUAUGCAACCCAUUCAGCG